CAAACACACGACUCCGCCAAUCAUGCGUUGCCUGAUGGUGCUAGCCUUUGUGGUUGGCGUUUGUUAUGGAGGACUGAUUGGUAGUUAUGGUGGUCAUGGUCUAGGCCUCGGUCAUGGCCUUGGUGGGAUUGGCGGAUAUGGUGGUGGCUUUGGUGGAUAUGGUGGUGGCUUAGGUGGAUAUGGCGGUGGCUUGGGCGGUUUUGGUGGCUACGGCGGCUAUGGUGGAGGACACAGUGGAGGAUAUGGAGCGGAAGGAGGACACACGUUUGUGCUGAGCAAGAGCUAUGGAAGUCACGGAGCAUUCGGAGGCAAGGUUGGACAUGGUGGAUUUGGACUUGGCGGAAUAAAAAAAUUUGACCAGGGCGGACACGCUGGGUUAGGAGGCCUUAAAGCAGGCCUGGGAGGACUUGGAGCUGGCCUGGCUGGACUCGGUGGCUACGGUAAGUAGGGUGAGUGGAGUAGCCGUACCUCAUCCUGAUGUGAGCCAGCUGCACGCGAGAGCAAGAACCAAAGACUUCGUCAUCACUACUGGCAUACGAUUAUCUUAAAAUUGUAUAAAAAACUUAUGCAUAUACGC